GUCAAACACUGACAGUGUCAACAAUGUAACACAGCAUUGUCUCGACAACAUGAUUGACAAAUGGACCGCUGAAUGUGACUUAAAGUCAUGGAAAAAGAUAAAACAGCAAAUUCACAAGAUGUUUUCCUCUGCAUCCUGUGUGAAUGCAAGCUUUCUUGAGCAAAGCAAAGACAAACAUUUCCAGACCUCACCAAAGUACUCUGGCUUGAACUUGAAACUUGCACGACUUGCUUUCAAGAAACUGGUGAAGAAGGAUGAUGUUUUCGCAGAGGUCGAGGCUACUGUCCUGCACCUGCUUCCCUCUCUUGAUAAGAAGCCAGUGAGUGUGGAGGGAUUGAGGAUCUUCCUGCUUCUCAAUGAGCUCCUACAUGCGACCCAAAGACACAAACGGCGUCAAACAAGCACAAAGCUCGCUGAGGCGGUUGCUGCUGCUGUAGUAAACUUGUCUGCUGACAGCCUGCAGGUCAUAGGGGACUGGUGGUCCUCACUGUCGCCCUCCACCAUGGUUAGACAUGUUAAUGUGUGGAAGCAGGCCCUGUCAGUGAUCCUGUCCUCUAAGUGUGUUCCCCGCAACUCUGGAUGCAGAAACCUGCUGCUAGUCCUCCAGUACAUGUACAAUGCCAACAGCAGGAUUGCAGAACCUCAAAAAAUGCCAGACAGUGAUUUCUGUUUGUCUAUUGAGAAAGACUUUCUUCAGGAAGAUCUACGGCUUUGGCGUUUACGGUCAAAACGCAAGAAUGGGCAUGCUGAGCCGCUUAUCCUCUGUAGCUUUCCGACUGUGAUGGAUCUGGAGUCAAAGAAAUUUGUUUUUGACCUGAAUGCUGAUUGCACCAAGGUGGAGGAACUUAGAUGCAAAUUCUUAAAUAUGUUUUUGGAAUUUGGUUUAAUUCUCCCGCCGCCUGAAGAUGUGCUCUUAAAACUGGACGUGAGACGAGCAUCAGUUUUGGAGGACACCUUUAAACAACUGGCUGCUGCUCGUCACAGUGACUACAAGUGUCCACUUUUGGUUGAUUGGGGUGAAAACUUGACAUUUGAUGAUGUACCACUCUACAUGAAAGACUUCUUUUAUGAAGUGUUUCACGAGAUGGUGUCAGCUGAGUCUGAGAUGUUUAUGUUCAACAACUCCAAAACACUGGCAUGGUUCCCCUCCAAACCAACACAAGAGGACCAGCGAUACUUCCAGUUUGGAGUUCUGUGUGGAUUGGCUUUGUACAACAAGUGCAUCAUACACUUACCCUUCCCACUGGCUCUGUUCAAGAAGCUGCUGGGUGUUAAGCCUUCACUGAGCGAUAUGAUGGAGUUCAGCCCAUCUGUUGGAGAGAGUCUGCUGAACAUCCUGGAAGACUACGAAGAUGAUGUCAUAGAAAACCUCUACAUGGAUUUUUUUAUCAGCUGGGACGGGACAGAGGUUGCGCUUGAUCCUGAAAAUCCUGUGAAGCCAGUGACAGGUCAAAAUAAGAAGGAGUUUGUGGAUGCCUACGUGAAUCAUGCCUUCAAUGCAUCAGUGGAGGGUGUGUUUCAGGAGUUCAAGCGAGGCUUCUUCCAGGUGUGUGACCAGGAUUUGGUGAAGCUCUUCAGACCAAAGGAGCUGCAGGAAGUGCUGGUGGGCAAAGACUUCCAUGACUGGGCGAAGCUGAAACAGAACACAGGUUAUGAGGGGGAGUUCAAUGCCACACCACCACACCCCACCAUACAGAUGUUUUGGGAGGUUUUUGAUGAACUAACUGAGGAUCAGAGGAAAGCUUUCCUUUGGUUUGUGACUGGUUUUGACAGGGUGCCUGUUCUUGACAUGGAAAAGAUCAAGAUGACAAUCAAAGUCAGCCCAGCCCAGGACUUCUCCUACGAUCAGCAGUACCCUGAAACACAUACAUGUUUCUCAGCCCUGGAGCUGCCCUUAUACUCAACCAAAGGGAUCAUGAAAACCAUGCUGACAAAGGCCCUGAGCAAAAACAGAAGAAUCUGUGAAUGAUGGUAGGACUGUACUGUGACUGUCUUUGUGCUGAACAGAGGACUUAACAUGCCUCAUAAUGUAUAACACUGAUAUAGAUAGUAUAGUGUUUGUAAAUACAUUGCAGGGAAGUCUUAAGUAAGUGAUUUAAUGAUAUUUCUUUUAACAAGUGUUACAUCUCCUUAGAUAAUAAAGAGUGUGAUAGAGUUUGUUAUUCUGGGACCAAGUUGAAUAAAAAUCUGCACAAAAUAAAUGUGAACUGUAAAGCAUACCCCUCUGUGUUAUAAAGACUAUGCAUGUUUGUCAUGUUUAUCAAAUGAGAUUUCCCAAAACUUAAAUAUAAUAAUGUAAAAUAUUUGAAACAUGUAACAUUUUUCAUGGUGGUGCAAUAAAGUAUAAAUUCUC